CCUCGGCGACGCCGCGGGGCGGCCGGCGCCCGCCGUCUUCGUGGUGGAGGACGAGCCGCCGGCGCCCAGAGCCGCGCUGCUCCGCGUCCCCUGCGAGCUGGUGCUGGACAUGGACUUCGUGCCCGCGCUCGGCGACCCGGCGUCGCGCCCGCACCGCCGCCUGCUGCAGCGCUUCAACGAGACGAUCUCGCCCCUCUUCGUGGCGCUGCCCGGCUUCCUGCGCCUGGAGGUGACCAGCAUCAGGGCGCCCGCUGGACCCCUGCGCCGCGCUCUUCGCCUGCCGCCCCGGCUUCGACUGCGUGGCCGGGGCGGACGGCAGCGCCCGCUGCACCUCCGUGUGCCACCGCGGCUACUGCAAGAACCAGGGCAUCUGCACGCACCGCCGGGACGGCGAGCCCGCCUGCCGGUGUCCCGUCGGCAGCGACUUCUGGUUCGUGGGGCUGCGCUGCGACUACCGGGUGACGCGGCAGGGCCUGCUGGGCAUGGCCGGCGGGGCGCUGCUCGGCGUCGCCCUCCUGGGCGCCCUCGUCGCCGGCCUCGUCGUCCGCCGCGUCCGGGCGCUGCUGCUGGAGGCCACGGUGGACCGGACCGAGAGCAGCUACCGGCGGUUCUGCCGCCCGGACGAUGUGGCAGUGCAGCACUGGUCUCAGCCCUGGCUCGCUUCGGCCAAUUCUCUGGACAAUCCUGCGUUCAGCAACUCCGAAGAGCUGCUCCAGUUGCAGAUCCUGGACAACGGUUGCUGCAGCUGCAGGGAAAACUUGGCAGUCGCCACCAGCUACAAGCAGCACUGGCCAGUGCGCACCGUGUGCCAGCCCAGUUUCCAUCAUGAGUGGGACACAAGUUCUAGCAGCAUGAACGACCCCAUGGUCGACUCAGGAAAAGCCAGCGGCAUUUCGGUGUCGAGUUGGCCAACGGCACCCACCCAG